UACGGUCACACUGCUCCAAGCCCGCCGCAUGUUUCUUUACUUUUUGUUUUGCUUUGAAAUUCAGCCUUAAAAUUAAAAAGAAAUGAAGCGACCUGCUGCCAGAAAGCCCGAGGAUCACGAGGAGGAGCCGCUGGCCAAGAAGCAAUUGCAGACAAAGGCGAAUUCCCUGCUAAAUGCCAAAGAUGUGGACACCAAGGCGCUCAAGACAUUCGUUCAUUUGCUGAAGGAUCGACCGGACCAUGUGCAGCCGGCCGAUGUGAUGAAUGUCCUGGAGGUCAUCUUCAAGAACCUGCUGAAACGCAGAGCCCUGGACGGAAGCGAAGGGAAGUCGCUGAAGAUCCGCGAAUUUUACGAGGAAACGUGGUUGCUUUUGAGGGAGAACCUGCUGACGGAGAGCACUGUGGCCCUGAAGGUCUGCUUCCAGCUCAUCAGGGCGGAGGCCAAGCAUUCCCUAGCACCGCGGAAGGGUUGGCCAGCCUACAGGAUUCGCGAGAUCUUGGAGACCCUCCUGGGUGACAAAGAGGAGACGCCCGCUAAUGCCCUAACGAACUACGGGAAGUACUGCAAGAAUCUAGAUGUCCUGGAUAUAACCAUAAAGCAUCUGGUGGAUCUGGUUCCAGCGAAGGACUUUAAAGAUGCGCCCAUCCAGGCAAUGAACUUCCUCCACCUCCUCAACCUCGUCGAUCUGGGCAAGUCGGUGCUAAAUGCAGCGGAAUAUCACGUGGAAACGAUCAAGCUAAAGACCUUCAACUUGGAGCAGUGUUCCAAGAGACUGAACGACAUUUGGGCGGCUGUGAUGCUGAAGAGCAGCGGUGUCGAGGAACGAUUGCAUCGCCAGAUGCUGGUGGUGCUGCUGGAGAGGAUUAUCAAUCAUCUGGAGGAUCCCAUUCAGCUAACGGACUUCCUCAUGGACUCCCUGCAUCAGUUUGAUGGUCCCAUUGCCCUGCUGGCCCUGCAGGGACUUUUUACCUUGAUGCAAAAGCAGAACAUCACCUAUCCGGAUGUCUACGAGAAGCUGUACAAUAUGUUUUAUCCCAGGAUGUUCUACAACAAGUACAAGGCGCGUCUCUUCUAUCUCGCCGAUAUCUUUCUCACCUCCACCCAUUUGCCGGAGAAUCUGGUGGCGGCCUUUGUGAAGCGUCUGGCCCGCCUUGCCCUCCAGUCGCCCACCGAGGAUGCCGUGAUUAUGAUACGUUUCGUUUGCAAUCUUCUACUGCGUCACACUGGUCUCCAGAAGCUGAUACGUUCGAGUCAGACGGCGGCGGCAGAUGAGAUCAGCGAUCCCUAUGAUGAGCAGGAAUCGAAUCCGGUUAAGUCGCAGGCCAUCAAUAGUUCGCUGUGGGAGAUAACCCUGCUGCAGAAGCAUGCGGUUCCCGAGGUGGCCAACGCGGCGAGAUUCAUCAAUGCCUCGCUGCCCGUCAUGGAGCACGAACUGGGGGCGCUGCUGGACAGAAAGGAAUGCAAUAUUUUCGACGACGAGCUGCAGUCUAAGGCCAAGCAAUUUGCAUUAAAUUACGAACGUCCCAAGAGUCUGGCGCUGCCCAAAAAUGAGGUCGUUACCAAAUACUGGGACCUCAUCUAGGUUAGAUUUUUUUUUUAAAUAUUAAGUUUAAGCAGGAUUAAAAUGUAGCCUUUUGGGCUGCUGAUGGGCCAACUCGGCCUGGAACCAA